AUGGGUUCCGUGUGGAGUCAGUUCUUCGACUGCCACGACGACCCGAGCUAUGACCCCGAAGAAGGGCAGGUCACAGAGCUGCAAUACUCUUGGUUGGGCGCCCUGCAGUAUAUACAUGUCAAGAACGGAACUCCUCACUACUUCAGGGUGCCCCGUGUGGUCCUAAUCAGUCGGCAGUUUGUGUUAAGCACUGCAGUGGAUGCUGCCGUUGUUCCUCAUGGAUAUGCUUUAGGAAACGUGAUCUUCGGUGACUACGAGCGAGAUGAAGUAGAAUGCGAGACAACAGUCGAAGCCCUCGCUAACAUGAAGGCAGAGUGCGAACCAGCCAUCCUGCUGAUGCCUGUAGCUGAUGUGCUGAUCCAUCCGGAGUUUAAGCACUUUGGGGCCAGAAGUAGCGUGGCGCUAUUGAAGCUUAUCACCACUGUUAAAUCCAGAUACGUGCUGCCAGUGUGCCUGCCCUUCAGGAACUUUCUCGAGCGUAGCACUGGCAAGCAGAUGGAAGAAAGGCUUUACCACAUUGACUUUGCCAGCGAUGUCCCCCGAGAUUUUGUAGAGGAAGAGAAAGAAGUGAUGAGAAUCAGCUUGCUGCCACGCGAGCUCUGCUACAUAUACGACUUGCCAGAAAACAACACCCACCUGAAGAAGGAACGCAUUGCCUGCACGACUGGUUGUGGGUUCCGCUCUGGCGCCCCGAGCCUAGUUCACGAGCACACUGGACACUGGUCUGUUGUCUCUCUCGCACAUGGUGGGACACCUUGCCCUGAUCCUCUGCGGUCCCACCGACCGCCAGCUCCCCCUCGCCACACCGUGCUCUACCCGUACGUCCCCUGGAUAACAGCCGCCAUCACUGGAAAACCCCUGGGAGCUUUCUCUAAGGACGAUCCGUUUGGGUUCGUGAUGCCCCGCGCAUCUCCCUAUGAUCAGGUCGGUCACGCGUGGGUCGGCCAUUGGUGGAUGGGCGGCGUGCGAUGUUACGACAGGGGAGAUGCUGCUUUAGACAUCUUCAGGUUUUACCACGAAAUCUUCAGGGUCAAGCCUAUUUCGAUGUCCAGGGUUAACUAUCAUUUAGAGAUCGUGUGUCCCAGGGAAGCAAUCAUUAUCUGCGUGAAGGUCGGCAUGCCGUUUCAAAUCGGUAAUCCCAAGGUCAACGAUUUAGACUCCCCUGAGGUCUCGGUGAAUAUUCCUUUAAUGAAGUUCAAAAGCCAGUACAGUUUCGAGGUAGAGGCGUGGGGCUACAACCAAACCGAGUCCCAGUCUUCUGAAAGUGGGGCCGACGACUCCGACUAUCAGGACUAA